AUUUCAUAAGAUAGAUCAUUAUACACUGCAGUGGUAAUUAAUCUUAUUAUUUAAGUAAAAAUUUGGCAUCAGUAUUGGAAGAUCCACCUAUCGCAAAGUGUAUACUUGGAAUUGAAACUGAACUUUAAGCAUAAUAUUGCAAAUUGUUUGUUUGUUUUGACAAAUUUAGUUUGGGAGUGUGAUGUUCGAUGUGCCUUGAUAAAUUAUGGAUAUAAGGAAGUGGAUUAUUUUAGCAGGAAAUAUUAUUGUAGUUUUUUGCGACAGCCAAAAUGUGAGUGCAGAUAUUGUAAGCCACCCUGCUGUACAGCAUCGUGGAACCACCGAAUCAGGAAUGCUCGCCUUGGUAUGGUACGUGAUGACCUUUGGGGCCCUGAUCAUUUUCUUCACGUUCCUAUCGUGUUCCGGGGGUCUCUGUAGGCGCUUGCCACCUUCUCAAUCCUCUUUACCGGUAUUGACACCUAUGUCAGAUAGAAAGCAGACACCUCCCGAAAAACCGCCCGCCUAUGAACUGUUUGCGCCCCCUGCCUAUGAAACGGUUGUGAAAGGGGCAGACUUAAAUGGAAAGAACAAAGGCCCUGAAUGCACUGUUUUUACUAUAAGUUAGUAAAAAACGAGUGAAGUAAGGCUACCUGUUUAUGGCCAAAUCAAAUUAAGAUAGAAGACCAAGAGUCUUUUGCACUUUGGAGUUACUUGUGGUGUUCAGCAUCUGGUGGACUGAUUUGGCCAUUUGCAGGGCGCUGAGCCGAGAGAUAAAAUAAAAAAUGUGUGACUGCAAUGAUAAAUGUUUAUCAAUAACUUAUCCAGAAAGAUUAUUUAGGAUCUUUAUUGCUGCAAACUUUUUCAAAAGCGAAAGAAACUCUGGAAAAUCAUUGCUAAUUUAUCUCUGUGAUAUAAUAAAUUAUUAUUACAAUAAUUAUGCUUGUAGUUUUUUCUUAUAAAUAUGAAUUAGAUAAUUAAUAAAUAUAAGUAACUGUAGUAUUAUUAAAGUUCUUGAUUUAUUAGCAAAA